AUCAAAUCAAAUCUCUCUAUAUAUAUAUCAUCAUCACACUUACAAUGAAACCUGAAAAUCCAACACUAAGCACUAGCACUGCACUAUGGAUAAGACAACGACAUUGCUUAUCUCGCUCUUGUUCUCGUUCACAUACCUCGCCACCUCUUUGUCUAAAAACCAUCUCUGUAACCAAGAUGACAAAAAUGCCCUCCUCAAGAUCAAGAAAGCACUAAACAACCCUCACCAACUCGUCUCCUGGGACCCCGAAAGCGACUGCUGCUCUUGGUACUGCCUCGACUGCGGCGACGCCACCGUUAACUACCGCGUCACCGCCCUAACCAUAUUCGCCGCCAAUAUCUCAGGUCAAAUACCGCCUGAAGUCGGUGACUUACCUUAUCUUGAGAAGCUUGUAUUCCACAAACUCACUAACAUCACCGGUACAAUCCAACCCACCAUCGCCAAACUCAAGAAACUCCGGGACCUCACGCUCAGCUGGACAAAUCUUACCGGUCCAAUCCCUGAUUUUAUAAGUCAGCUCAAAAAUCUCGAGAUCUUAGACCUUUCCUACAAUCAUCUCUCUGGUUCCAUACCAAGUUCACUCUCCACGUUACCUAAGAUCUUGGCCCUUAAACUUAGCAGGAACAAGCUUACAGGUUCGAUACCAGAGUCAUUUGGAUCGUUUCCAGGAACAGUACCUGACCUUCGACUAUCACACAACCAGCUCUCCGGUUCGAUCCCCAAGUCACUAGGCAACCUCAACUUUAACGUGGUCGAACUCUCCCGCAACAAGCUCGAAGGCGAUGCUUCCAUGUUCUUUGGAGCCAACAACAGAACGACAUAUUCCAUUGAUUUAUCAAGAAACAUGUUCCAGUUCGAUCUCUCAAAGCUUGAGGUACCUGACUCACUUGGUGUCUUGGACUUGAACCACAAUGGUAUCACAGGGAAUAUCCCGGUUCAGUGGACUGAGAAUCCUCUUCAGAUCUUCAAUGUUAGCUACAACAGAUUGUGUGGACACAUCCCAAUAGGAGGGAGUCUUCAGGAAUUUGAUUCUUAUUCCUAUUUUCACAACAAGUGUUUGUGUGGUGCACCUCUCGACAGCUGCAAGUGAACUACUUGUCUUCUAGGUUUCCCAAAAAUAUCUAUUUGGGUCUCUCUAUAUUAUUGACAAAUAUGUAACGUUAUCUCCAUUCGUUAAUAAAACAACGAACCUAAAACUCGCA